AUGCACUGGGAUAACCAGACACAUGUGACUGAAUUCAUUCUAGUGGGUUUCCCCGGCAUCUUGGAACUGCAGGUCCUUCUUUUCCUGAUGUUCCUGCUAGUCUACGUGCUGACAGUGACAGAAAAUGCCAUGAUCGUUGUGCUGGUCUGGACCAACAACCAGCUCCAGAAACCCAUGUAUGUCUUCUUGGGCAACCUCUCCUUCCUGGAGAUCUGGUAUGUCUCAGUCACAGUGCCCAAGAUGCUUCUGAGCUUUGUGACACAGAGAAGGAUCAUCUCCUUCACGGGAUGCAUGGCCCAGCUCUACUUCUUCCUGGCAUUGGCCUGCACCGAAUGUGUGCUCCUGGCUGCCAUGGCCUAUGACCGCUAUGUGGCCAUUUGCAACCCACUGCGCUAUCCAGUGAUCAUGAGGUGCAGUUCCUGUGUCCGCCUGGCAGCUGGGUCCUGGCUGAGCGGUUUCUUCAUCUCCAUGUGGAAAGUGUUCUUCAUCUCGCGCCUAACCUACUGUGGACCCAACAUCAUCAACCACUUCUUCUGCGAUGUCUCACCACUGCUCAAUCUGGCCUGCACAGACAUGUCACUGGCAGAGCUCAUGGACUUCCUUCUGGCUUUGCUCAUCCUCCUUGUGCCACUUUGUAUCACUGUAGCUUCCUAUGUCUGCAUCAUCUCCACUGUACUGCGCAUCCCUUCAGCUAAUGGGCGUUACAAGGCCUUCUCCACGUGUGCCUCUCACCUACUGGUGGUCACCAUGUUCUAUGCUGCCUCCCUAUUCAUCUAUGCCAGGCCACGGGCCAUCAGUUCUUUUGACUCCAACAAGCUGGUGUCUGCUGUCUACACAGUUCUGACUCCUCUCAUUAACCCAGUCAUCUAUUGCCUGAGGAACAAGGAGUUCAAAGAUGCUCUGAGAAAAUCAGUGCACUGGAAAAGGUCUUCUCCUAGAUAUUUCAGCUGGAAUUGUUCAAUUAUUUCCAUUAUGUAA